CCCACUGGACAUGAAGCAAUUCGUCUUUCUCUUUGGCAACGACGACUUCUCUGUACUAACGACAGCAUCAAUCCCGACCCAGACGUCCCCUUCACCCCCCCGAGGCCGCCCAAAAAAUUCGCCAUGUCUGCCGACAACAAGUCCCACCGCCUUUACGUCAAGGGCAAGCACAUCAGCUACCAGCGCGGCAAGAGGAACACCAACCCCGGAACCUCUCUGCUCAAGCUUGAGGGCGUCGACGAUGUCAAGGCAGCUCAGUGGUACGCUGGCAAGAGGGUAGCCUACGUCUACCGCGCACAAAGGGCGAUCCAAGGCUCCAAGAUCCGUGUCAUCUGGGGCAAGGUCACCCGCCCCCACGGCAACUCCGGCGUCGUCCGCGCCAAGUUCAAGAACAACCUGCCUCCCAAGUCCUUCGGUGCCUCCGUCCGCGUCAUGCUGUACCCUUCUUCGAUAUAAGCUUUUCCGACAACCAUUUUUUGGCGAGAAACGGGAACGAGCGGUCGAAAAAUAAGGCAAUGGUAGCGAUGGAUGACUAAGGCGCAAUAUUAUACCGGGCACGGAAGCAGAUUCGAGAACAAUUCAGUUAUCUUUGGGGAGACACACAUGCACAGUCUUUCCCAUACACAACGGCAACUUGU